GCUAAAACAUCUCUGGCCGGGACUCAAGUCCUGUGAGGAAUGGACGUGAGGAUUACGACUCCCUAAACCUCUGUCACAGAUCCCCCUGGCGCGUGUCCACGCACAGCUCCCGUCAUGGGAUCCGUUAUUUAAACGGGACAACGCUUACAGUCCCGUUACACUCCACAGAGAUCCGCAAAUAAAAGUGCAACGGGCUGAGGUGCUCCAAAGGUGAAAGCUGCCGGGAACUCUGUUACUGUUACUGUCGCAAUGGAGUUGGCGCGCAACGCCACCGUGCCAGACGCGCUCUCGUCGCAGCAGACAAACAAAGUCUCCUCGCCCGGUGGAAGCGACGGAAACGCGUACUUGUACAUCGUCAUCGUGGUGUCCUUCUACGGAGUCUUCCUCAUCGGUAUCAUGCUCGGUUACCUGCGCACGAAACGGCACGAGAAGAAGCGCUCAAACGCGUUCACGCGGCUGCUGCACGAGGAGGAGCAGCGCGAGUGGGGCGCAGGGCAGAAGAAGCACAGUUUCAGCCUCCCCGCGUUGCGUUCCACGCCGGUGCCGUUCAUGCUGUGCGCCGGCCGGCACACCGGCUGCGCGCUCGAGGGCGGAAGAGUCCUCGCGCCUCUCGCGUGCGCGCUGUGCUCGGUGGAACAAAGCAGCGUGAGUUCUCUCAGCUCCACAACCGACGUGCGCUUCACCAUCGAGGAGGAGUCGGACAGCGGCGGCGGCGGUGGUACCGGAGAAGGACCCGUGGACUCGAUGAGGACAGGCUCGACCUUGGGCCAUAUCAGCGACAGGUCGUCCGGGGAAAACCUUAAAGUAACUUCUUGAGGUUCUGUCACCUCGCCGAAAUGUAACAUGGUAACUAUAGUUCCGCCCGAAAUACAAAAGUGACAAUAAAACUGCGGUAAUUAACUGCGGCACUGUCAGAAUAAAAAGUUACAUUUUUGGAAAGGUUCCUGUCAGUGUUUUAAAGUGGAUGCCUUAUUAAUAAAAUGUAGUUUACAGUUAUGUCUAAUGUGGAAAUAGAGCUGUUCAGCUUGUAGUCAAAAUCCCCCCGAAGAGAAUUCGCCAUGGGUUCCCUCGGGAUUUUCCUAUGGGUUUUUAUAAUGGGCAAGGGUGUACAUUUGGCUUGAACACUGGGGGGUUGCAGCGUGAAGCAUUUACAUGUUUCCAUCAAUCAUGGUAUAAAUAUUGGGGGGGG